CUGCAGAGGCGGAAGUAGACGUGUAGCUGCUGUUCGGCCAACAACCAUCCUGACUCUACAUCAAACUCAACAUUAACAGUCCAUCAUGGUGACAGACGUACAGCUGGCCAUCUUUGCCAACAUGCUGGGAGUGUCUCUGUUCCUGCUGGUGGUGCUCUAUCAUUACGUGGCAGUCAACAACCCCAAGAAGCUUGAAUGAUUAUAAUAACACCAAGAUGAAUCAGAAGGUGAACAUUGUGAUUGGGGACCACUGAACGAAACAGAUGAUGAUGCAGCCUGUAAAGUUGUUGUUUUGUAUGAAAAUGUUAAUAAAUUUGUAAAUGU